UUUGCACCGACGAGGCGAGGGCGGUUCGUGGCCCUUUCCGCGAGCCCCUCAAGGAGUCGUUGAGGAGAAGUUUCUUGAGGGCGGCCAUGAACGCCGGUUUCUGCCGCCUGCCGGCGGCUCUGUGGCAGUUGGCGGCGUGGCGGCCGCUGCUUGUUGUCUCUCGGCCGUUUAGUCAAGCCGGGCAGGCCGGCGAUGGCGGCGGCGCUUCGAGCUCCGGGUCGAAGGAGGAGGAGGUGAGGAAGCUGGUGCGGGCGCACCCGGUGGUGGUCUUCAUGAAGGGCAGCCCGGCCCAGCCCCAGUGCGGCUUCAGCAACGCCGUGGUGCAGAUCCUGCGCUUGCACGGCGUCACCGACUACCGAGCCUACGACGUCCUCCAAGACCACGACCUGCGGCAAGGAGUUAAAAACUUUUCCAACUGGCCGACUAUCCCUCAAGUCUUUCUCAACGGUGAAUUUGUGGGAGGCUGUGACAUACUUCUCCAGAUGCAUCAAAGUGGAGAUCUAGUGGAAGAACUGAAGAAACUGGGAAUACGCUCUGCGCUGUUGGAUUCAGAGAAAGACCAUGGGAAAAAAUAAGCUGGCCUCCAUGACUUUAACAAAGACAGCUUUUGAUAUCUUGUUACCAGAAAAGCCUUACAUAAUGUAGCUCAAAAAGGCAACUUUUUGAACUGACAAUGAGGUUUAUCACUAUUCACCAUACACUAUGUCUCAUUGAUUGUGAGGAUAUUCUUUUAUGAAAAGUUUAAGUAUAACCACUGCUCUGUAAAUCAAAUAUUUGGAGUCAGACUAUGUAAGUAGCUCAUUUCUGUUUUGUACUGCUUUGUGAAUUUUGCUUGAGUUUGAAAUCAGCCACAGAAACUACCCCACUCCGUCAAGAUGCAAGUCAUUUGUAUCUUGCUAAUUGUGUUCUGUGCACAAUCCAGGCAGACAGUAUUUGGAUUUUUCUUACACCUCACUCAGUGAAAUAUAAAGUAAAUAAUAAUGACUUCAGUUCAUAUUGAGAUUUUCAGGGGCCACUUGAUUUGUGUGGAAUUCCACUUAAUGCAUAUGGACAGUAGAAUACAUACAUAAGGCUGAUUUCUCAUGUUGAAAAUAAAUACCACAGCUGUUUUUUUCCUAAAUAUAUCAGUGGGCUUUGGAAAAUGCUAAGAAGUGUGGAUUAAGAAUUAGAAUGUAAUUUCAUUCUACCUCUGCCAAAGAGACUGCCUCAAUGCACAUUAACCUUCACCAUGUAUUUGUGUGAACUUCUAAAACUUGCAAUUUGUUGGCUCCGUACAGGAUGUGUGGAAAUGAGCUGUAGAAGAACAAAUGCAGUUUCUUGCUGCUGUGGCUCAUUUUAAAAUAUGUGCAGAAACCACUUGGGAUUCUGCUUUGGGCAACCCAACCCAGAGCCCCUGGCAGUGGGAUGCAGUGACACUCCAGCACUGCCCUGCCGCUUCCAGGGGGGCUUUUUAGCAGCACAGGGAAUUAAAAAAUGAAAAAAGCCUCCUCUUUGCCAAAAAGCCCAAAGGGCUCUUUGCAGGUAUUCUGGUGGGCAAAGGCUGGGUGGAAGCCAACUAACGUUGGCACCACCCCUGGAACACCUCCACCACAAUGGCAGGAGUACCAAUGGGUCACUGUGCCAUGUCAGCCUGCCAUGGAGGGCUACAAUAGUUGCCCUCCAAUGAAUUUGCCCCUCCUCUGGGGUAAGAGCCCCACAGAAGGCAAAUCUGCUGGGACAGCCCCACACUGCCUCCAUAGGCAGAUUCAACACACACACACACACACACCCCAGAUUAGGCUGUAAGCUUCGGGAGUAUCUGUUCCAAAGUUACACAUGGAUGUUUGUUUUCAUGAUCAGAGAUGAUUCUCGCUUCAUCACAAUAAACAAGGAAGUAGAAUUCCUUCAUGUAUCAGGUAGAAUGAAGUCAGGAAGUUUUUUGGGAGCUUGUCUGAAAAUGCAUAUAUCCUGGGCUCCUUUAUGUUUCUACUUUUAUGCUGAAAAAUAUAUUUUUCGUUCAAACGUAUACGUUGUACUAUGUGGCUUAUAGCCCAACAAAAGUUGGUUAUAGCCCAAGAAAAGUACAUUCUUCAUGUUGUUUUAAUGUUGGAACAGUGUACACUAUUAGAUGGAAGCAAAUUGUAUCUGAGAAACCAUGUUUACUUUGUGAUUAUAGAUGUUUUCCUUUCCAGAUAAAGGGCAGUUAUGAGGAA